AUGACCGUUUCACCUAUUGAGAUCGACGACAUCCGAGCUGCAGUGGAUGCGGCUCUCGAGACCCUGCAGGAAUCGUUACGGAGUCUAAAUCGUGAGAUCUGGUCCAACCCCGAACUCGCCUACAAAGAACAUCGUGCGCACGAUACGAUUUGUGACUUCCUAGAGGCGCAAGGCUUCACAGUCACUCGACAUGCCUAUGGUCUGGAAACCUCCUUCGAAGCACUGAGUGGGUCCGGGGGGCGUUUAAUUAACUUCAAUGCCGAAUACGAUGCGCUGCCAGGGAUUGGACAUGCCUGUGGCCAUAACCUGAUCGCCACAAGCAGCAUUGCGGCUUUCCUCGCUUUGUCUUUGAUCCUUAAGAAGUAUGGCCUCCCAGGGCGGACUCAGUUGCUCGGGACCCCCGCGGAGGAAAAUGGAGGUGGAAAGGCAGUUCUUAUCGACGCUGGGGCCUAUAAGAACGUAGACAUCUCUCUCAUGGCCCAUUCGGGACCUAAGAAGCUCUUCCCGGAGCAGGGGGACUCCGAAGGCAUUGCCGGAACCCUGAUGAACGCUCGCAAGAACAUUCAUUGCGAAUUCACGGGAAAGAGUGCCCACGCAGGAGGCAAUCCGUGGGAUGGGGUCAACGCAUUGGAUGCCUUGGUCACAUCAUACAAUAAUGUUGCUGUGUUACGACAGCAACUUUUACCUGAUCAACGCAUUCACUGUGCGUUCAUGGAUACUCCCAAGGUGGCCAACGUGAUUCCGGCGUAUACAAAGGCCUUUUGGCAAGUUCGAAGUCCAUCCCUCAAGGGUUUGAACAUCCUAAUCACCAAAGUGCGCAAGUGCAUCGAAGCUGGCGCGUUAGCCACGGGAUGUGAAGUUCAUAUCGAAGAAAACGAACUUUAUACGGACGUACGAUUAAACGAUACUCUUUGCGAGCGAUAUCAGAUUCACAUGGGUGCGUAUGGUCGCAAAGUGCUCAAGCGACAUGACAAGGUUAUGACAGGAUCCUCCGAUAUUGGUAAUGUCAGUUAUGUGACCCCGACUCUUCAUACCAUGUUUGGGAUCCCAACCUCCGAAAAAAGCUUCCCUCAUCAUCCUACAUUUACAGCGGCAGCUGGGACCGAUGAAGCUCAUGAGGAAGCAGUGGUUGUCGGCAAGUCGCUUGCAUUGAUCGGGUGGGAGAUGAUCACCGACGAUGCGCUCUAUGAGACGGCCUUCAAGCAAUGGAAGGAAGAAAUCUCGCGAGAUGAUUAG